CCCCUAUAGAUACCUCGGUACCUAGCUACCCCUGAAGGAGGGGACAACAAUAUUGUAAACUACCUUACUACUAAGGCAUUGUCUGAUGUUCGUCUCGGCUUGGCAACAACCAAACCCCGAUAACAAUGGACGACAAACAACUGAGGGAAAAAACCAGCUCUUUGUAAAUAAUCUGUUCUAACCAUAAUGUAUAAUACCCUGUCUCUCGAAAUAGGCUCACCCCAUGGACUAUAAAAGCAGGCCAGCCUUAGGCAUUGCUGGGAUUUCCACUCAGAUCAAGUCCAAAAACCUUAAUACACCUCCUUAACGUUAUAGAUACCUCCUCUCAGCAAAAAUGUUUGCCAAGCACCCCGACACAGUCAAGGACCUUCAAAUCUCUCUGAGGCUGAAGAGCUAUCGUAACGCUGAGGCGUUGGUUCAAGUUCACGACGUGAAGGAGGCGGCCCGGAUAUUCAUGAACAGGUGCCUCGGGGCGGCGGGCUCGCUGACGAAGGAACUGCCGGACUGGAAGGACGUCGACAACUACAUGCAGCACGUGCGGCUCUCGUUCGCGGUUCGGCGCGCGCAGAAGACGCUGGCGCAAGCGGUGGACGAGGAUUGCAAGGUCAAGCCGUACGACCUGAUGCCGCACACGGCGCUGUUCUGUCUGCGGAUCAUGGACUUCCUGAGGACGGCCGAGGGCGGCGCGUACGACGUCUGCUUGGACCCGCUGGUCGUCAGGCGCCGCGAGGACGUGCAGUUCGACCGAUGCAUCCGGAUCCUGCACCUGCUGGGCUUCUUCGUGAACCAGCACCGCGAGACCAAGAGGGCCCGGGAGGCGGAGAAGAUCCGCGAGGCCAUCGGCGAUAACUGGAUAUGAAGAUGAGGAUGCUUUGCUUCGGCUUCGUAUGGUGAGGUGACAUGAUGAUGGAAUGAUGCCCCGUUUCGCUAGUUACGAACGCGGUUGAGAAUCCCAUUAUGACUUGUGCCGUGUAGACUCUCCCAUCUAGUAAACAGAUAAACAGUAAUGAUAAUGAUAAUGAUAAUGUAUUACCUUUCCUUGUUUCCCUCUUGCUUUUAUUUGUAAUUUGAUGUUUCUCAUUUGUUUGUUAUUUCUUUUAGGAGGUACGUAUUCGUUGUUGCUUCACCCCUUGGUAAAGUACAUUCCCCUGGUCCGUAACCAUGGCACUUUCUGCCUUCCAUUCCACUUUGGUUGGGACAGCUCAGGUAGCUAGCAGGUGGCCUCUUGUAUUACCGUGCUUUGCGCACGUGAGAUGAAGGAGGUUCGAACAGGGUGUCCAUUGAAUCGUGUUAACGCUAGAAAGCUAGACCGGAGAUGUUAUAAGAUAUAAGGGUUAGUC